AAUAACCAUGUAAUCACUCCUUAAGUUACAGUGUAAAUAGAUUUAAACGAUAACGUAAGAUUACUCACAUUAACAGGAAAAUGAUACUGCAUAUAUGGAUAAUAAUGGCAAUGGCAUUAAUAUGCCAAAGCAAAAGUGAUCCAAUAGAUAUGUACGGUCACUUCCUACUGGAUGUCAAGGACCCAGGACUAUACGAAGUAAUAUGCGGAAACAAGGAUAACGAAAAAAUAACAAAGUAUAAAAUAAACUGCUUUAUAGUUGCACCAGCGCCAGUCAAUGAAUGGGCAUAUGAUGUGACUGAUAAAACCCUUAUAUGGGCAAAACCAACGCCAAACAUGAAACAAACCCAUAUCCUCGACUAUAGAAUCAUGAUGAAACCCCGAACAAAGAGGAGCAAAGUAUACUUACAUAGAGAAUUGACACUACCUAUAACAUUGCAAAUAUUUCCGGAUAACUCAGAUUUAGUGGAGACACUAGCGAAUCUACAACAAAGUAAGAAUGCAGAAAUUACACCUAUAAGAAACAAGAAGAUAGAGAAGAGCACAACUAAAGCCAAAAGCGUUCAAGCGAACUUCUUACAUCUUAUGAAUAAAGAAAAUACACCAACCGAAAUAAAACGCAUCACAUCAGACGCAGAGUUACGAACAAACUGCUUUUUCAUUAAGGAGACACUAUGUCAGAAUAGUAAAGUUUACCCACACUAUAUACAAGAACUAUACAAAGAUGCUACCCAAUUGAUAAAUAUCUAUGAUGGACCUUUAUUAAGAAGUAGAAAGAGGGAUUUAGAUGCAGGUAACAAUAAAGCACACUUUUUCCUAGAUUUGCCAACCGACUAUAUUAUACAACUUGCAGUAGAUUAUGCUUACAUAGCAAUGAAAUCAUACACAUAUGAAGCUAAAAAACAGAUAGAGAGUAUGCUAAGAAAAAGAGAAUGCUUCCUGGUAAACGAAGUAAACGACCUGCUGAUCGAUGUAACCAACCUUAACGCAAAUUUGGAAUUGUUGAUACGGCAAUUUAUUGUUAUUAUCAUGAAUGGGUUCUUCAACCUAGCAAGGAUUGUCCACCGUAAUCUAGGAAAAAUUGUGGAGUCAAUUAACAAUAAGUCAAUAGAUGAUAUGUGGACGAAAAUAGGAACAUGGGAAAAAUACAUGAAGCAAUUCACAGAUGAUUGUAAAGUUAGGCUAAUGGAAAUGUACCAGAGCACACGAUACACCGCACUUAAACAGGCUUCAGAACAGUACUACAAAACACUUUUAAGCUCACAAAGAAUGGAUAGAGCAAACACGGAACGUGAUCUACACCCACGGUGGAGAAGACAACUAGUUGAAGUAUUAACUGUAGAAAAUAACUGUGCUAACCAUUGCAAAUAUGGCACUACAGGAACUAGAGAUUGGUUCCGGCUAAAGGAACAGGUGUACCAAAGCUUCUGAAAACAACUGGUUUAGUUCGUGUUGGAAUAU